AUGGCGGGGCAGGCGGUGCACCUGGAGUCGGACGCCUUCCUGGUGUGCCUCAACCACGCGCUGAGCACGGAGAAGGAGGAGGUGACGGGACUGUGCAUCGGGGAGUUGAAUGAUGACACAAGGAGUGACUCCAAAUUCACAUAUACCGGAACUGAAAUACGCACAGUUGCUGAAAAGGUUGACACCGUCAGAAUUGUUCACGUUCAUUCUGUCAUCAUCUUGCGACGUUCUGGUAAGAGGAAGGAUCGAGUGGAAAUUUCUCCAGAGCAGCUGUCUGUGGCCUCAACAGAGGCAGAGAGGUUGGCUGAACUAACAGGUCGCCCCGUGAGAGUUGUGGGCUGGUACCAUUCCCAUCCUCCUAUAACUGUUUGGCCUUCCCAUGUUGAUGUUCGCACACAAGCCAUGUACCAGAUGAUGGAUCAAGGCUUUGUAGGACUUAUUUUUCCCUGUUUCAUAGAAGAUAAAAACACAAAGACUGGCCGGGUCCUCUACACUUGCUUUCAAUCCAUACAGGCCCAAAAGAGCUCAGAGUAUGAGAGGAUUGAAAUCCCAAUCCAUAUUGUACCUCAUGUAACCAUUGAAUGGAAAGUAUGCCUUGAAUCUGCAGUUGAGCUGCCCAAGAUCCUGUGUCAAGAGGAGCAGGAUGCAUAUAGGAGGAUCCACAGCCUCACACAUCUGGACUCCGUAACCAAGAUCCACAAUGGCUCGGUGUUUACCAAGAAUCUGUGCAGUCAAAUGUCAGCCGUCAUCGGGCCUCUCCUGCAGUGGUUGGAGGACAGACUGGAGCAAAACCAGCAGCACUAGGAAUUGCAACAAGAAAAGGAAGAGAUUAUGCAAGAACUCUCUUCUCUAGAAUAAAGUCGGAGACCAAUGUGGAAAAAUGAAAAUAUCCAGGUAUAAUUUUGAAGAACCUGGAGGACUCACAUUACCUGACCUCAAGACUCACUCUAAAGCUACAGUAAUCCAGACAGUGUGCUAUAUACCCACCUGCUUUUGACAAAGGUGUAAAAGCAAUUCAAUAGAGUAAGGAUAGACAGUCUUUUCAACAAAUUAUGCUGGAGCAAUUGACACCCAUAGGCAAAACAAUGAACUUUGACCUAAACUGCACACCUUAGACAGAAAGUAACUCGAAACAGAUCAUAGACUUAGAUUUAAGAUGUAAAACUAUAAAACUUUUAGGAAAAAAAUCAUUGAAGAAACAUCAGGAUCUUGGGGCUAGGCAACAAACUCCUUGGCCUUCACUACAACAGCACAGUCCUAAAAGGAAAUGAUAUACUGGACUUCAUCAAAAUGAAAAAAUUUUGCUGUGUUAAAAAAAAAAAAUCAAGAGGAUGAAAUUUUUGACAGAACUUAUUGGCAAACCAUAUGUCUGAUCAAACUUGACUAUAUAAAGUCAACAGUAAAAAAACCAUCCAAUCGAAAAUGAGCAAAAGACACGAAUAGACAUUUCACUAAAGAGGAUGUAUGGAUGGCAAGUAAGCACCUGAAGAGAUGUUGAACUUGAGUAGUCAUCAGGGAACACAAAUAAAAACCACAAUGAAUUAUGAUUACAUGCUUAUCAGAAUGGCUAAAGAAAAAAUAGCGAAAAUACCAGAUGCUGUCAAGUGUACGAACUGGAUCUCUCGUACCUUACUUAUAGGAAUGUUAAAUGGUACAGCUACUCUACAAAAGAGUUUGGGAUUUUCUAAUAAAGUCAAACAUACUUGUAUCAUACACCCCAGCGAUUACACCCCUGGAUAUUUAUCCCAAAUAAUGAGAAGCUAUGAUGGCACAAAAAUUUGUACAUGAAUAUUCUUAGCAGCUUUCUUUGUAAUAGUUAAAAACUGGAAAUAACCCAGAUGUCCUGCAAUCGAGUGAGUGAUCAAACCAAACAUCUGUACCGUGGAGUCCUACUCUGCAAUGAGGAGAAACAGACAACUUUGAUUCACACAACUUGGGUGGACCUCAAGGGUAUCAUGAUGAAUGAAAGGGCCAGUCUCAACAGGUCCCAUACUGCAUGGUUGCAUUCUUGAAAUGACAGGAUUAUAGAAAUAAAGAAUAAUGAUUGCCAGGGAUAGGGACUGGACGGGGUAUGGGAUAUGUGCGACUAUAAAGGGAUAACAGGGAGUUCCUUUGUGCUGAUGGAACAGUUCUGAAUCUUGAUUAUGGUGUUGAUCACAUUACCUAGGCUAAAAUUCCGUAGACCUACACACACCCA